ACCUACGACUACGUCAACACGCACACGCCUGAACCAGCGCGAGCAUGAAAUUCUUUGGUCCCUGCUUGUCAGGUUUGUUAAAACUCAAUUAUGGGAAAUAUUUAUGUCCGAGUUUAAGCUCAAAGGAUAUAAUGAUCAUAAGGGAACCGUUUACAAUAAAAUAUAUAUAAAAUUUGCUAUUUUAGACUCUUUUAAUUUUAAUAAAGACGUCUUUGUAGCCGAUAUUUAUUACAUUUGUUUAAAAACUGCUUCAUAAAGCAUAAAGAUUUCUGCAAUAGGCCUGAUUAGGCUGUAAUACGGAAAAUAUAAAUUUGCUUUUGAAUUUUUAUCCAAAAAACUUACAAUGCAUUCAAGGUAUAGCUUAGCAUAUUUUAUCAGCAAGUGUGCUUGCUGAGAAUCAAACCUGUUUCUUUUGCCCUGCUAACACAUACCAUUUGAGCAACAGGAACAUGAUAUUUAAUAGGUUUCUAUCAGAGGUGUAUAUUUAGGCUACAUCACUUUAAGCAUUUUGGCAGAUGCUUUGAAGCAACUAUCAGCAUGUUGCAAGGCAAAAACAUAGUAUGUAUGUUCCCUGCUUGAACCCAUGACUAUAUGCACCGCUAAUGCAAUGAUCUACUACUGAGCUUACAGGGUGUAACUGUUCCCUUUACGUAGGUGUUAUGCCUACUACCACAGACAAACAAGAAUGUCAUAGAAAUUACGUUGACAUGCAAACUUUAAACUAAAAGGCCUCCUACCCUCAAACCAGAGGCCUUCUUGCUGGGAGACAAAAUUGCUACCCCCUUUUAGGAAAACAUGUGCAGAUAUCAAUCUACCAAAAUGGGCUUUUAUAAUACCAGGCAUGUUUUUAUAUCACCAAAAUGAAACCACAGACGUCCACAGACUUUUAGGUAAAUUAAAAGAAGAAUGCCAGGAACACUCUACCAUCUUCAUAUAGAUUAAUGAUACUCAGUAUUAGUGAUUUACUCUUGUCCCAACAUGGCCAUUCUUAUAACAAUGUGAUUGAUAUGUGGUCGUUGGCCCUGAAGACGCCUCGGAUCAUCAGUCGAACCUGUCACAGACCUUUUUCAGAUAUGGCUGUCUGACAACACGUACAGCGUCAUACUUUGAUUUACAGUGAUGACACAUCUUCGCGUCUCCACACCUGAUUAUAAGUGACCCUUCUGAUGGACCUUCAGCAUUAAGCUGUUCGGUCAGGUACAAGCGAAUAGAUCGUGUCCAAUUCCUCUGUGCCAUGGACGUAGUACCUUCAGGAAGUUUCUUUCCACGACUCCUUGCUUUAAUUCUUCUGAUAAGUGCUCUCGAAGUUCAGACACGAAGUCUCGCAAGUCCAGUGAACCAGGUUUACCAUUUAAAGGAUGAUUCAGAUGUCCAGAGCAAGAUCCUAGCGUAUUUAUUACGCAAAAACAUUCUUCCUGCCAAAGAAGAGGAUGUAAUGGGACUGGAGUUGGCCGGCAAAAUUGCAGAGCUACAUGAGAUUGCAGCCUUACAAGAACAGCUUAAUCUAGAAAGGCAGCUGAUGUCUAACGCAAUAGAAACAGAGAGAUCGAUACCUAAAAAAAGAAAUGACGCCUGUUUCUGGAAAUACUGCGUUUGAGAAUGAAGAUACAGGACUGUGAUCAUCUGCUUCCCAAAAAUGUUCCCUAAGAGCAGAACAUUUUUUAUAUGAAAUUAUAUGUGUCAUGAUAAUUAUGAUGUAGUCAUAAUGUAUUUAUGUAUCUAUUACAUAUAUAUGUACUGCUAUGAAAGUAAUGUAUUUUAUGUAAAUGUUAUAUUAAUAAAACAUUAACAGAAUUUUUUUGACUUUGCUCUUUAAUAUCAUUGUGCAAUAUAGUAUCCAACAUAAUCACAUAAUUAUGCAUGGAUUUUACUACAUUUAGUUUCAAAUAGUUGUAUAAAGCCAAAGGUUCUUAUUUCCACAUGAAAGAUACAAAAAUGGCUUUACUAAGACCUCUUGUCUCCCUCUAGUGGUUAGACACUGUUUUACAUUACAUUAUUUCAAACAUGCAACAUUGUGCUUAAAGGAAAAUGAAAAUUUUGUCAUUAUUCACCCUCAAGUUGUUACAAACCUGUACACAUUUCUUUGUCCAGCUGACCAUAAAGAAAGAUAUUUGCAGAAGG